AUGCCGUGCGCGCCGUUCCGUGCGUUUGCGGUGCAGUGCACGGUGCUUGACAAUACAUUGCUGGUAUGGUGCGGUGCUGCUCCGUCGUCGCUUGCGGACGCGGAGGAAGACGAUGAAGAGAUAGUGCAAGCGAUGCGCGAUGCGGGACGUGCGCUCCCGCGCGCCGCCGCACUGAACGGGCGCCUGACGGCUGACUGGGCGGUGGCGAUGAAUAGAGUGUGCGGCAAAAACAUUGCGGAUGUGACAGGGACGCAGCUGUACGAGCACCAAAGUGCGAUGGCCAUUGCGAUGGCGCAGCGCCUCGCGACCAAGCUCGAGAUAGCACAGGUCUUGCUUUCGCUUGAUUUGCCGGAGCAGCUGUGCACGGCGGGGAUCGUGCCGCUUGCGCCGGAGCAUGCACGUGCGUUGCAGUGCUUGGAACUUGGGAUCCGCCGCGCAUGUAGCAUGGCGCUUGGUAGUUCUACAUAG